AUGCCUAAACUUGGGCUCCGAGAACUGAGAAGAAGCGCCCAAGGGAUUCUCGCCCCGAGUUCGAUUCGCCAACAACAUGGCAUCUUGCUGACCUCCACAACCGGGUGGUCGUCGUCCAACCUGACCACCGCCGUCACCAGCACCGAUCUUCCCUCGCGGCGCAACCUGUCGUCUACAGGUCGAUGGUAUCGGCGUAAGCUCGAACCUCGCAGCACCGACAACGCCCUUCCCAAGAAAGGCAUGACCACGGCUGCCGCAAUGGUCAGCAAUGAUCUUCCCGCCAGAGGCAUCCCGCCCCCUGUAGGGCCCAUCAGCAUCGUCUUCACCGACAUCGUGAAAUCCACCAACAUCUGGGAAAAGGACACCGACGCCAUGAUCUCGGCCAUGCAACUCCACGACGACACGGUGCGCUCCCUCACGCUGUCCAACAACGGGUACGAAGUGAAGCAAAACGGAGAUGGCUUCAUGAUUGCAUUCCCGACGGCCACGUCGGCGGUGCAGUUCUGUCUCGACGUGCAGGAAAAGCUGCUGGACGAAGAAUGGCCCAAGGCGCUCCUGAAGCUGGCGCCGGGACAGGAAACGACCGACGACAAGGGCCACGUCUUGUUCCGCGGCCUGCAGCUCCGCAUGAGCGCGCACUGGGGCGAACCCGUGAGCAAAUGGAACGAAGUCAUCCAAAGGAUGGACUACUUGGGCCCCGUCGUCAAUCGCGCCGCGCGAUUCGUCCAAGUCACAGAGGGCGGCCAGAUCGUCGUGAGCGAAGACUUCCUCGCGCAACUCCAGCGUGAGAUGCAAGGUCCAGAGCGCGCCGAGGAGUCCCGGGAGGGCAUUCAAUCUCAACCUCUCUCUCCAGGGGCGCCCAGCACAGCCGCAACCACGAGCACGAGCACUAGUAGCACAGCACAGCACUCUCCACCUCCCGAUCUCAGCAUUCUCCGCUCCAAAGCCGGUCAACAGAACGUCACGACCCAGUAUUUCCAGAUCCGUGAGCUGGGCCACUACGAAUUCCAAGGGUUGGAUGACCCCCAGAAAUUGUACUUCAUCGUGCCACGCUCCUUGGAGGGACGCGUCGAGCACUGGCAUCAAGUCACGCACGUCACGGGCGUCAAGGGCAACGUGAAGACGGAUUGA